AUUCAUAUGAGUUUCCUCUAUAGAUAUAUACAAUAAACUUAUUGAGUUGCUUCUUACUGUCUUUGGCUUGCCAACCAUGAACGCUGACAAGCGGGUCAUCGUCUACCCACAAUACCUCGACUCUAAAAGAACUGUUGCGGAGGGACGACGGAUACCCAAACAUUUAGCGGCCGAUGAGCCAAGCACACAUGAAGUUUUCGAUAUCGUUAAGGCGCUGAAGUUUGAAGCGGAAAUUGAGGCUAAGCACUACCCACGCGACUGGAUUCCCCGAGGGCGGGUGCGGGUGCUAAUAAAGGGCGACGAUGGGAAGCCCGUAAACCCCGAUAUCCCUGAUCGGCGCUCCCUGCUCCUCCGCAUCGCGGAACUGGUUCCCAAGCACCCCAACCGCACCAACCCCAAGGCGCGCCAGGCAGCAGCAGCAGCGGGGGCAGCAGCAGCGGGCGCUGGGCCCUCCUCCUCCGCAGCGGGCGCCAGCGGCAGCGGAGCGGGCGCCAGCAGCAGCAAACCAGCACCCAGCAAGAAGGGAAAGAAGGGGAAGAAGUGAGGAGGAGGUGUCUCUAGUUAGGGCGUGGUGCGGGUGCGGCUUUACAGGAGGGCUUGUUUGGAGUGGGGAAGGAAGUGAGGGAGGGAUGGUGUGGAAGUGGGGAAGGUUGUGAAAUAGGGAAUCCUGCAGGCGGGGAGGCCAAGGGAACGGUACGACACGUGUUAUAAGAACAGAGCGGUUGAUGACAUGAUGAGCCGCGGUUGUUGCAGAGCCGGUGACGCCCAGUUAGCGAUUUAGCAGAGCACAGGAAAGCGGCACCGUACGUAGAAGCACGCGGUGCGCUGCGUCGUGCUGAGUUGUAGCUGCCUUCAGAAUCAGUACCGUGUUGGACGGCUAUGUCCCCCUAUCUUGUGGCCUAACUUGUGCCGCUGCCUAGGCUUUUGUGCGGAAACAAGUGGGAUGAUGGUGACCGACCCUUCAUGUGGCGUUGCGCAGCAGCGCUUACUCGGUGUAACGUUGAGAGGCUGGGACCCACUGCAUUGCUGGAAGUAUGGUGCGGGCUGGCGACCCUUGCGGUUUGGGGGCGGUAGCUGAUCUCGCCACUUUUUCAGCCAAUGCUGUAGCAAGGGUUCCGAAUGGGCAUGCUGCUAGCACUGUGUUUAUGGCAGCUGCCAACAUCGGGUGUAGAAAGUGUGGAAAAAGCAACUUCGUCGCUUGCUGCUGCUAUUGUUGUGUCGCAGUCCCGGCUCCGGCUGUUGGGUGUGCACCGUUUGGGGGGGUUGGCUGAUGUGGCGACCAGGAGCACAGGAGGUGAUGAUGAAUGCAGCCAUGAGGUAGCAUGGAGCACCAUUGCCAAUGCAAUUCCAGCUUCAGGGUUGACUUGACCGCGAGGCGAUCCUCCGCGAUAACGAUGCUUUGUGCAAUGCCUUAACGCGUAUUUGGGUCGGCUUACGGUUGUUUAACGUGGUGGC